AUGGGUGUGCAUGAGGAUGGAGUGGCAUUGUUUCAUUGUUUCCCAGGAGGAGAGACUGCAGCUGUGGAGGUUCGAAGAAUCUUCGGGACUCCUUUUGUUGCAAAGCAGCUGCAAGACAGAGGCACCGCGAAUCUUGGAGGCUGCACGAAUGGAUUCGGCGCGAGGUUCUGCCGCUCGCUCUGCGCGGGGAACAGAGUGGAGCUGUGCGUCCCGGGUCCGGCAGGGGGCGCUGUGAUGGCACCACGUGGCCACGAGAGGGCGCCAGGAGCGACUCCUUUCCUCCCAUACUUCCGGUCCCGCGAGAAGCUCUCCCUCCCCUGCGCCGCCAACCGCUUCCGGCCACCGCCGGAACUGCCUGUGGGGGGGAUCUGCCUGGUGAGCGUGGGGGUCUGGGUGGCCGUGGACCCGGCUGGUUUCCAGGACAUUGUGGCUGCCAAGCCUGUGCUGAGUGUGGGUGCCUACCUGCUGCUGGCUGUGGGCAUCGCCCUCUCGCUGCUGGGCUUCCUGGGCUGCUGCGGGGCGCUGCGCCGGAGCCGGCCGCUGCUGCUGCUGUUCUUCGUCCUCGUGAGCCUUGUCUUUGUCACACAGCUCGUUGGGGCUGUGCUCUUCCUGGCACACUGGAAGCAGAUCCGGCCAGAGCUCUUCCUGUCAGAGCUGCGAAGGAGCUACUGCGGGGAUGAGGGUGCUGAGGUCUUCUCCGUGGCUUGGAAUACUCUCAUGGUGACAUUCUCCUGUUGUGGCGUUUUAGGGCCUGAAGAUUUUGGGAACGGCUCCCACUUCCAGGAGCUGCACCCUGGGACGCCCUGGCCGCAGGCGUGCUGUGCCCGGGAUGGGCUCCUGCAGGCAGGCGAGCUGCUGAGCUGGGAGCAGUGCCAGGAAAGGAACCCUGGCUACAUCCACGAGCAGGUAGGGCUACAAGGGCUCCUGCAGCCUGGAGCCUGGGGCACUGCUGUGCUGCGGUUCUGCGCAGCGGUGACUCCCCAGAUCUCCAGCUCAAGCUGCCCCACCGUGGUGCCCCCGACUUGUCCCAACCUCCCUGUCCCUCGGUCUGUCUCUGAGCUCCCUGCAGCCCUGUGAAGCACAAGGAAUGCCUCCAUCGUCUCCCCUCCUGCCCAGGGCUGCUUCCCCACCUUCAGCAAGACCUUGCAGAAGUACACCUCAGUCCCCGGGAUGUGCAGCUUGGCCGUGCUGGGCAUCGAGAUCUUUGCUAUGUUCUUCGCCUUUUGCCUUUACUACAACUUUGACUGAGCAGGAUGCUGGGAGCAGCUCUCCGGGCCACUGGCAGCGCAGCAGAGAUGAGCCAAAUGCAUUGGGAACAGCAGCAGGCAAGGAUGCUCUGUUUUCUUGCAUAUCUCAGCCCAGCUGUGCAGAUCAGUGGCCUUGUUGAGUCCUGUGCCUCCUCCAGUGGGUGGGUAAGGAUGAGGUGGUCGUUAUCCUGGAGCAGGGACAGGGCUCAGGUUCAAAGCUUUACACACAUAUACGUGGACAAGGAGGAAGCAUCAGAUCUGCUCCUGCUGCCAGGAAAAUAGCUGUGACGACACAGAGCCCUGCCUCUAAAAUCUUCAGAGCUGCUCUACCACCAGGGUCAGGAUGUCUGCAUCCUCCAUCCUCCCUCAGCUCUGUUCCACCAUCCCUCACUCCCCCCCUCCUUUGCAUUGCCCCCCUCCCACAACUCUGGGCCCUUUUUGUCCUUUCUCAGCCCUUCCCUCUCUGCUGGUCUUUUCUCUGUCCAGCUCCUGGGGAUGCAACCCAGCUGUGUUAAAUGGUGUAAUCUGCACAUGAAAUGUAAG